CUGGGCUUCAGGAUGAAGGGGUUUGUUUCCGGUUUGCACUGGGAAGUGAAGGCUGAGAGCGGCGCGGUGGAGGUGGGUCUUCAUAGUCAUUCGUUGGUGGUUCCUGGGUCUGUUUUCCUCGCUCUGCCCGAUGCAUCCGCGACGCCCUGAGGGCUUCGACGGCCUGGGCUACCGGGGCGGCCGAGAGGAGCUGGGGGGCUUCACGGCCAAGGCAGACCUAGGCCAUUGGGUCAGCACCCCGCCUGACAUCCCUGGCAGCCGCAACCUGCACUGGGGAGAGAAGACCCCACAAUUCGUCGCCGGGACUCCGCUGGGAGUAGCCGGGCUCAGUGAGGACCCCUAUCCCGCUGGCGGCGCCAGCUCCGAACAAUUGAAUAGAUUUGCUGGUUUUGGCAUUGGCCUGGCAAGUUUGUUUACAGAAAAUGUGCUGGCUCAUCCUUGCAUUGUUCUGCGUCGACAGUGCCAGGUUAAUUAUCAUGCCAGGAACUAUCAUCUCACUCCAUUUACAAUCAUCAAUCUUAUGUAUAGCAUCAAUAAGGCCCAGGGCCCCAGAGCUCUUUGGAAAGGAAUGGGAAGCACUUUCAUUGUUCAGGGCAUAACCCUUGGAUCAGAAGGCAUCAUUAGUGAAUUCACACCCUUGCCAAGAGAACUUUCAUAUAAAUGGAAUCUCAAACAAAUAGGAGGACAUCUCUUGCUGAAAGGGUUGACUUGUGUGAUAGCAAUGCCUUUUUAUUCAGCAAGUCUGAUUGAAACUGUGCAGAGUGAAAUCAUUCGGGAUAAUCCUGGAAUUUUGGAUUGCCUGAAAGAGGGCAUAGGAAGAGCAAUGGGCUUGGGAGUUCCCCAUAGCAAACGGCUGCUCCCUCUUCUGGCAUUGACCUUUCCAACAGUUCUACAUGGAGUUCUUCAUUAUAUCAUCAGUUGCAUUAUCCAGAAGUUAGUCCUGCUCUUUCUAAAGAAAGAGAAUUCCCCCAACCUUCCAGCAGAGAACUCCAGUUCUGUGCAAAGCAUGUUGGAUGCUUACUUUCCAGAACUUAUUGCCAGCUUUGCUGCAAGCCUCUGUGCUGACGUCAUGCUCUACCCACUGGAGACAGUUUUACACCGUCUUCAUAUUCAAGGGACACGCACCAUCAUUGACAAUACAGACCUCGGAUAUGAAGUGCUCCCCAUCAAUUCUCAGUAUGAAGGAAUGAGAGACUGUAUCAAUACUAUAAAGCGUGAAGAAGGAAUAUUUGGAUUUUACAAAGGGUUUGGGGCUGUAGUUGUACAGUAUACAUUGCAUGUGGCUUUAUUGCAGCUCACUAAAAUUGUUUAUACCACAUUACUUCAGAAUGUUUCUUAGAAGCUAAUGUAUGUGGCUGCUUGAAGGUUCACACAUUCAGAAGAUAGAUAAGUGAGUGAGACCUGAAAGGUUAGAAUCUACAGUAAUGGCUUUCUUCUCACCACAUAGAAUGUUCCCUUGUAAAUAGUCACACAUGUUCCCCUGUGUCCUUUGCACAAUAACUGAUCAGAGGCAAAAAUAAAUAUGGAAAACUAUACAAGGCUAUUAAAAUAUUGAAAUGUAAAGUAUUAGAAAAUAUUUUCUAAAUCUGUAUGACUAUGUGGAUAGAAGUUGAAUACAAUCCUAGUGACGAUUUCUCCAUUUGAACUGAAUGGUACCUGUGCAAAAGUAAGCCGUGCUCUUAGUCUUACUUUUCAGAGGUACUUGCUCUUAGGGUUGUGCCUUAAUUUCUUUCUGUAGCUUGAAAUGAAUAUUAUUUUGACGCUCAGAAACCCAUGUUCAAUUUUGAGAAAUCUGUUGAAAGUUCUUUUCAUUUAAUUGCUGUAAAAAAGGAUUCCUUUUUAAAGGCAUUGUUAUGAUCAAGAAUGUUGUAAAAUGCAUUUCUAGACAUAAUUUCCUUCAUUAGAUAUGUUACUUUGCAAGUAUGAAUGAUUUCAUGCCUUCGUGCAGAAAGGUGAUGCCAGAAAGCUGAGUUGCUGUAUCAGGUGUCUAAAAGAGAGAUACUCUGCAGAUGAAUUUGCUCUACUUGGUUACUCAACAGGGUCUUAGCUAAAAAUGCUCCCACAGUUCAAUGAGUUUAAAGAGCUAAGUAUCAAAAGUAGGGGGUUUCAGAAAAAUGUCAUAAGGAGUUAAUGGUAGACUCAUUGGACACAAAUCUUAUCACCCUAGGAAUUCUUGUUAAGAUUCACCCUAGGAAUUCUUUUGAAAUCUAAGGGGCUUUAUUUCAAGUGAAUCUGUUCUAAGUAAAAUGUCAGCAAUGUUGUAUUGAUUUGUACAUAUGUACAACAAUCAUGGCCCUUAAUAGCUCAUUUUUCAAAUUUCCUUCGUAGUAUAAAGAGACUUGCAGGUCUUUCACAUUGUUGAUUUUUCCCCCUCCUAAAAUUAAAGAUCCACUGAAAGAUACUUGUCUGAAUUCAUUAGUUUCUCUUCUUAGUAUAUUGCCUCCACUUGUGAUUUUAGCUAUUUAUAUCCUUGCAUAACCUUUUCUGGAAUAGGUGGUUGUACAGCAGAGCUCUGUUGUCCAUCAACUUAACACUGAACUUCAUUUUCCUAAAAAGCCAACAUCUGGCUUGGUAAAAACUAAUUCUAAUAAUUAAGCGUCUUAUUUUGCUUCUGUGCCCAGGCUUGAUCUAAUGGAAGUGUUUAGAAAGAUGUGUGUUUACAAUGCUCUAGCAUGCUAAAAAAAAUUAAAUUUUCUGCCUUUCAUGAAUUAAUGUGUAUUGUAAAAGAUAUCUCUGUGAAUCUAGUAAAUUAAUGUGCAAGUUCAGAUUUGAUGUAUAAAUGUGUUUUGGGACAGCUGUUACAAAUAUAUUGAACUGGUUUAACGCAAAUGGAUUAAGAAACAGUUGCUUUGCUUAGUGUCACAAGUUUUCUGUGGGUGCUCUAAGGCUCUACAGGUAUUUGGAAUGAGGGUACAAGAGAACUUUAGCUUUUAUCUGGACAGUUGCAACAAGGGGAAAUAAAGCAGACAUUGCUAACAAAUUAAAAGGAAAAGAUUUAGGACAAAGCUGAGCUUUUUAAUGUAUGUUGUAAUGUGAUAUAUUUUUUUAUAAUUAUUUAAAAAAUAUUCUUGCAGUAAAAAUUCCUUUUAAAGGGAUGGUGUGCUUUGUGAAAUGUAAAUAAAACUUGAAACAUA